UACAGAUGGAUCCAGUGACAGAAAUCCCCCAGAGAGAUGUCCCCGUCCUCUGUAUUCCCGGGAUUCCACACAGGAACAUCAGGAGAUCCUUCAGGAGGAUCAGGAUGAAAGCCUAAAUAUUGUUAAAGUUGAAGAUGAGGAAGAUGUGAGUGAUGAUGAUCUGUUUAAGGAGGAAGAGAUCCCUCCAGAGAUCAGCACAGAUCCCGGAGACCCUCAGAAUGAUGUAAAAUCUGAGGAGGAGGAAGAAGAACAUGUGAGAAUUAAAGAGGAGGAAAUUCUUCUAGAGAUCAGCACAGAUGGAUCCAGUAACAGAAAUCCCCCAGAGAGAUGUCCCCGUCCUCUGUAUUCCCGGGACUCCACACAGGAACAUCAGGAGAUCCCUCAGGAGGAUCAGGAGAUCCCUCAGGAACAACCUCAGAUCUCUCAGGCUGAUCAGGGUGAAGUUAUGAAUGUUGUUAAAGCUGAAAAUGAAGAAGAGCAAUCUGUGAGGUGGGAUCAUCUGUGUAAGGAGGAGGAGAUUCCUCCAGAGCUCAGCACAGAUAUCGGAGACACUCAGAGAGACAUCAAAGGCAGGGAGGAGGAAGAGGGAUAUGUGAGCAUUAAAGAGGAGGAAGUUCCUAUAGAGAUCAGUACAGACCCCGGAGACACCAGAACCACUCAGAGAGACAUUAAAGCCGAGAAGGAGGAAGAUGAACUUGUGAAGAUUGAAGAGGAGGACAUUCCUGUAGCAAUCAGCACAGAGGGACAAUUCAGAACAAACGGAAUAGAAGAAAGGCCUGUAAGCUCAGGGGAUGAUGGCAUCACUUCAGAUUCUGCAGAAGAACCCGCCAAUACCCCAAACCACACACCACAUCUCCUCCGCCCUGCAGAUCCAUCACAGCGCCCAUGCAGAAAUAGAAAAACUCCCACAGUGGGGAGGCCGUACGCCUGUUCUGAAUGUGGGAAACUCUAUUCUAAUAGGACCAUUCUUCAGAGACAUGAAAAAAGCCACAGCGGCGAGAAGCCAUUUCCAUGUUCCAUCUGCGGCAAAUGUUUUCUCCAGAAGUCGUGUGCCGUCCGGCAUCAGAUGAGUCACGCGGGAGAGAAGCCAUACUCCUGCCCCGAAUGCGGGAAAGGUUUCCUUUAUAACUCCCAGCUACAAACUCAUCAAAAAAUCCACACCGGCGAAUUACAGUUUUCCUGUUCCGACUGCGGCAGACGUUUCGUACAGAAGUCGCAGCUCGUCCGCCAUCGCAAAACGCACACGGGCGAGAAGCCGUUCUCGUGUUCGGAAUGCGGAAAGCGGUUUCCGCUAAAACAAAGUCUCGCUAAGCAUCACAUGACGCAUACCGGGGAGAAGCCGCACGAGUGCUCCGAGUGCGGGAAGAGUUUCAGGCUGCAACAGACUCUUGCCAAACAUCGUCUGACUCACACCGGGGUGAAGCCAUAUUCAUGCUCGAUAUGUGGAAAGCGGUUUACAGGAAGGCGUAAUCUUUCUAACCAUCAGAGGCUUCACACGGCCGACAAGACGUUUUCCUGUCCUGAGUGCGGGAAGUGUUUCACCCGGAGGGACUGUCUUAUUUCACAUCAGCGGACUCACACGGGGGAGAAGCCUUACUCCUGUUCUCAGUGUAAUAAACGCUAUUCCCAUAAAGCGGGGCUUACAAAGCAUGAAAAGGUUCACAGUGGGAAGAAGCCAUAUUCAUGUUGAAUGCGGCAAAUGUUUCAAAGAUAGGUCCCGUCUCGCACCUGAGAGUACCCACCGGCUUCGGGGCGAGCAGCAGGUCCUAGAUGUGGUCGCCAAAUAAAGUUUGUUGUAAAUUUGA